AUGGCAAAGUUUGCAUGCGCUUUACUCGUCUGUGCUGCUCUUCUUGGAGGCGCUGUGACUCAGAGCACCAAACAAACAUACAUUGUUCAACUAGAGUCACAGCCAGAUCUUCGUAGAUCUACCAUCCAACGACGCUCUGCUCAUGAGAGUUCCCUCCAAAGAGUUGCUCCUCAGAACACCAUAAUCUAUUCGUACCAGCAUGUAUUCGAUGGGUACGCUGCAUCUCUCAGUGACACCCAAGCUCGAGCUCUGCUUGACCAACCUGGAGUCAAAGCUGUCACUCGCUCAAAGAAGUAUCACCUCCACACAACCCACACGCCUGAAUUUCUUGGUCUAAACAACGUCGCGUUGUUUGGGCAGACCACAUUAGCAUCGUCUGGAACCAACGAAACCGAAAACGGGAAUACCACCGCUGAUUCUGAAUCAGACAUAGUGAUUGGCAUUGUGGACACGGGGGUCUGGCCUGAGAGUGAGAGCUUUGACGAUACUGGCAUGCCACCUGUCCCGUCUUGGUGGAAGGGCUCUUGUGUAGAAGGAGAGCAGCUCACUGCAGCUGAUUGCAAUAAAAAGCUCGUCGGAGCGAAAUGGUUCAGCCAGGGGUAUGAAGCUGAUUUCAAUGGUAGAAACAAUGGCACUGCAUUUAACUUUCAUCGGGACUACCGGUCCGCAAGAGACGCUCAGGGCCACGGAUCACACACCGCUUCUACCGCGGCCGGCAGCGUUGUCCAGAACGCGAGCUUAUUUGGACAAGCUUCUGGAAGCGCUCGAGGUAUGGCCCCAAAGGCGCGGAUAGCUGCGUACAAGGUCUGUUGGGGAGUUGAGACAACCAGCGACUGCACGAGCCCAGAUAUACUCGCAGCUCUCGAUGCUGCUAUUGAAGAUGGAGUCAAGAUAGUCUCUCUUUCUCUCGGCGGCGAACCAAGCCUUUUACCCGACCCAGUAUACGUCGGAUUGUUCUCUGCAAUGGCAAAGGGAAUAUUCGUCUCCAUGUCUGCUGGCAAUGAUGGGCCUGGAGCCGGUACAGUGGCAAAUAAUGUCCCUUGGAUUUUGACUGUUGGAGCGAGCACAACUGACCGUGAUUUCCCGGCCACUGCUGUUCUUGGCAAUGGGCUGAACAUCACCGGCAAGUCACUCUCAGUCAAUGAGGAUGGCUCUUUUCCAAAGUUUCAGGAACUACCACUCAUUCUGGCCAGCGAUGCGGCGAAUGCGAAUUCGACGAAUAGCGACGAUGCUUCCCUGUGUCAACCUGGUUCUCUUUCUUCCAGUAAGGUUGCUGGAAACAUCGUCGUAUGCAUAAGGGGAAUAAACGAUAGAGUAGAAAAGGGCCAAGUUGUUAAAGAUGCUGGGGGUUUGGGAAUGAUUCUAGUCAACGCUGACUGGGAAGGCGAAGAUACAAUAACAGACCCACAUGUUCUUCCGGCUAUCAACGUUGGCGCGAGCUAUCGAUCUGCAUUGGCAGAGUACGUCGGUACCAAGGGCGCGAAAGCUGGUUUGGAUAUCAAGGGCACCACAUUUGGUUUUCAAGCCCCUUCAAUAGCCGCUUUCAGUUCAAGAGGUCCGAACUACCCUGUCCCAGAAUUGCUUAAGCCUGACAUAACGGGACCUGGAGUCAACAUUUUGGCCGCAUGGCCGAACAACCUGCCAGUCACCAGUCUUCUUGAGGAUACCCGAAGAGCCAGUUUCAACCUACUUUCAGGGACCUCCAUGUCUUGUCCCCACCUGAGUGGCAUAGCCGCAUUGAUCUUGGCAAGACGUCCCGGUUGGAGCGCUGCUGCCGUCCGCUCAGCUUUAAUGACAACCGCAUACACCACGACCAGGGGCAGUGAUACACCCAUAACGGACGCCUCUGACGGGGUUCCGGCAUCGCCUUUCGACUAUGGAAAUGGCCAUGUAGAUGCACUCGCCGCUUUGAACCCCGGCUUGGUAUACGACAUCAAGACUGAUGACUACAUAGACUUUCUAUGCUAUUAUAACAGCUCUGCUGAAUAUAUCCAAGGCAUCACUGGCACGAAUAGUACUUGCUCCGAUAACAAGGAGUACAGCCCAUACGAUCUCAAUUAUCCGUCUUUCGCAGCUGGCUACGACACGGCAAAAAACGAAAGUGAACCUAAGACUAUACACUUUAAGCGAACGGUUACUAACGUUGGCGAUCCCGGCACCUAUCGUUUCAACGUGUCGCUCAGCAGCCCUGACCUCGUCAAUGUCUUGGUAGAGCCUAAGGAGCUUACCUUCAACGCAUCAAAUGAGCAAAAGGGAUUUACUGUCACAGCAACACUUAAACCGUCUGCCGCGGGUACAACUGUGACAGGAAGAUUGGUUUGGUCAAACGGGUUGCACAAAGUUGGGAGCUCCUUAGGAUUCGUAUGGGGCAACUUGGCCGACCUGGGCUCAGAUUGA